AUGUCGUCAUUCCUACUUAUUCUUUCCUAUAUCAGUGAUUGGGUUAUCCUUAUCAUUUUCGCGGCUGUAGGAUAUGUCAUAGGCAACAUCACACCAAAUAAGCGCCCCUUUAAUCUUGACAGUCCAGACAUAAACUAUCCUUACAGAGGAUACGAUACAGUGUCGCUUGGUGUGGCUUUUGUCGUCUCGGUCGUUGCACCCGCGGCUCUUAUUCUGAUCCUCAUCCUCAUCCUCCUGCUGGUUCCAGCUUUAUGCGUCAAAAAUACGCGCGCAGCAAAGUAUAAUGUCUGGAGGCGCAUUUUCUGGGAGUGGCAUGCCGGUUGGCUUGGCUUGGCUCUUUCCGUGGUGCUAGCUUUCUUCUUCACAAGCGGCAUGAAGAAUGUCUUUGGCAAGCCACGACCAAACCUUCUCAGCAGAUGCCAACCUGAUGUUUUAAAUGUGGCCAAAUACGCUGUUAGUUACUCGACCUCAGCUACCGGCAGACUUGUGUCUGCUGGUAUCUGCACCAAUCAAGAUAACUCCAUCGUCGAGGAUGGAUUUCGCAGCUUUCCAUCGGGUCAUUCCUCCGCGGCGGCAUCAGGACUGGUGUAUUUUUCAUUGUGGCUUGCUGCAAAGCUACGGGUUGGGGUGCCUUUCCUGCUCGGCGGAACAAUAGACGAGAGCGAGAAUUCCAUAAAGUCUCGCUCACAUCACACAAGGGCUACUGCCGAUCUCGAGGAAGCCAACACGGAGACACGACACGACGACGAGGCAUAUCCCACAAGCCAUCUUCUGACGCAUUCAGCACGAAGGCAAGAUGCCGCUGCGCCAAUAUACUUGCUGGUCAUUGCCCUAAUCCCCUUUGGAGCUGCGAUUUACAUUUGUGCUUCUCGCUGGUAUGACUUUCAGCAUCACGGUUUUGACAUUAUUUUCGGAUUCCUCAUGGGCGCCUUCUCAUCGGUUCUUGCCUUUAAGUACUACCAUCUACCUGUUUCUCGCGGUGCCGGCUUUGCCUGGGCACCCCGGAGCGAGCAAAAGGCAUUUUGGUCUGGCAUGGGAAACGGGGGCUUCUCGAACCGCCGCAGGUUCUACCGUCUUAAUGAGACGAGCGAUAGUCCCCUUCACGCGGCGCAGAAUCAGCUUGCAGAUGACGGGUCCUAUCAAAUGCACGCGGUUUAA